GCUUGUGUGUGCGUGUGUUUGUGUGUGCAAAACAGAGCAAAAACAAUUGCGCGACAAAAAAAUCCAAAUAUCAUUAAAUAUUACGUAGCUUCAGUAAACUAUUCAAUUUGCAACUCGUAAGUGGUCCUGCGAAUAUUCAAUUAAUCGAACAGCAAACGUUUCCCCAUACAAAGAGCUCCUCAGUCCGCCCCCGCCCCCGUUACACACAGCACAACGAUGAUGAGCCUGCUGGGCCGACCCGAUGUGGAUGCGGGCGAAGUGUUUGUCAACUUCAAUCAAAACAUAACAUCGCUUGCAGUCGCCACCAGCGGAGGCUACAGCCUGUACAGUCUGGGGUCUGUGGACUCGACACUGGACAAGAUAUAUCACACCAAGAGCGAUGAGCUGUUCCUUAUCGAGCGGCUGUUUGAGAGCUCCUUGGUGGCCAUUGUGUCGCAGCGGGCGCCGCGCAAGCUGAAGGUGUGCCACUUCAAGAAGCAGAGCGAGAUCUGCAACUACUCGUAUGCGAACACAAUUCUGGCGGUGAAGCUGAAUCGGGAGCGGCUGAUCGUUUGCCUGGAGGAGUCGCUCUACAUUCACAACAUACAGGACAUGAAGGUGGUGCACACCAUCCGGGACACGCCCUGCAAUCCGCUGGGGCUGUGCGCCCUGUCCUCAUCCUCGGAGCACUGCUAUCUGGCCUAUCCGGGCAGCGUCACCUCCGGCGAAGUGCAGAUCUUUGAUGCCAUCAAUUUGCACGCCAAGACCAUGAUACCCGCUCACGACACACCACUGGCGGCCAUAGCGUUCAGCCCCUCGGGCACGGAAAUAGCCACGGCCAGCGAACGCGGCACGGUCAUACGCGUCUUCAGCUCCCAGGAUGGCAGCCGCCUGUUUGAGCUGCGGCGUGGCCUCAAGCGUUGCGUCUCCAUUGUAUCGCUGUCGUUCAGCAACUGUUCGGAAUACUUGGUAUCCAGCUCCAACACGGAGACCGUGCACAUCUUUCGCUUGGAUCGCAGCGCUGCCGAGACAGCUGAUCAUGGGAAGCAAUCGAGCGACGACUGGAUGGGAUUCUUGAGCAAAACGGUCACCAGCUACCUGCCAACGCAGGUGACCGAUGUGUUCAGCCAGGGACGGGCUUUUGCUUCGGUCUCAUUGCCCGAGGCAGGAGUGCGUCGCAUGUGCGCCAUUGCCACGAUACAAAAGCAGCUCAGACUCUUGAUUGCCUCGCAGGACGGUUAUUUGUAUGUGUAUUCCAUACCAUCGAUCGAGGGUGCCGAAUGCCAGUUGAUCAAGCGACACGAUCUGCGUUUGGAGGAUCACUAUGCCAUGGAUAUUAAAGGCCUGAACAGUGGCGUGAGCAUCGGCGGUGCUGCUGGCGUUCCCCCCAGUGGUGCUGGUACUGGUUCUGGUGCUAGCGGAAGUGCUGAUGGAAAAUCUACUGCCACAGACAAGCCCGGUAGCAGCAGCUCCACAAGUGGUGCCAGCGGAAGUGGAAACGCUGGGGCCAGCUAUGCCUCGGCCGUAAAGGGUGACGACCCAGUAGGUGGAGGACCUUCAACCACCUAGAUGCAAAUACAAUGCGCGAACAACCAGAGAAACGGAUCAGAAACAACAACAACAACAACAACAACAAACUCACUCCUCAAAGUACUACGGACGAUGAUGCUAAAGUGAUUGCAAUUUGGAGCUCAUGCAGCUGGCGACGACGACGACGAAGAUUGGGUAGUAGCGACGGUAGUAGCCUCUGUGUGGCGUCAAGCAUAUUUAAGUAAAGAAAUAAAUAGGUCAUAGACUUAAUUUAGCUUUUAACGUUAUCAAUGGCGACCCGACCCUCUUCCUCGUUUUGUACCAGCAAAGGGGACGACACGACACCACUCUCGCGUCUUGUCAGUCCUUUUUUCCUUUAUCCCCCAUCCCCCCGCCCCAUUAUAAAUACAAGCAAUGCUUAGUGGUUAAGCCCCCACCCGUCCCGUUCGUGGCGAUGCCAUUGGAAUAGGAAAAUGCUUUUUGUCAUACACUCCUAAGUUAGUUGUUAAUUAAUAAUUAAAAAUGAUUUAUAGAUUUGCUUUCAUAA